AAUGGUAAUUCCCAACCGUGUUGGUGUUGCUCAGUUUAGUUCAAAUUAACCCGGAAACGAAACUAUGAAAUAAAAGGGAUGAUGGGAUCAAUUAGUUCUGUUGAACAAGAAAACGAAGAAGCAGCAGCAGCAAGGAUCAAUUAGUAUAUCCAGAAAACCCAGAUCCAAUGCGAUCCCAAAUUUGUCUGCCCAAAAUUAAAACAGUUUCUUAAACCCCUCAAAUCAAAUCUGACGGAAUUUCUUCUUGUGGUCAAUGUAAAAGCUCUCGCUCUCUCAAUUACUUUCCUUCCAUUUUUCCAAAAUCCCUGAGAAAUUUUAUUGCUAUUUGUCCUCAGCAUAUCGUAAUUCUGUUUAGUUUCCUCUGCAUGUACGAAUUGAUUUAAUUGCCUGCCUGCCUGAUUUGGAGUGAGGUGGGAAUCUCAGUUUUAAUUUAAAUAUGCAAGACGAUUACAAAGAGCAGCCGCUUGGAAAAGUUGAGGAGGAGAUUCACGACGUAGAAGAAGGCGAGAUAUCGGAUUCCAACUCCGUUGAAGAAAUUACGGAAGAGGUCUUUAAUACUAAGCAGCAAGCAACGGCAUCUUCUCCGCCGCCCCUGAAAAAUAUUACUAAUUCGAAUAUUAGUAAUGUUAUUAACACUAAUAGUGGUGGAAGUGGGGCUAGGGUUUGGACAAUGAGAGAUAUAUACAAGUAUCAGAUUGCUUCAAACACUACUUAUAAAGGUUUGCAUAACUUGGCUUGGGCUCAGGCAGUUAAUAAUAAGCCUUUGGAUGAGGUUUUUGUUAUGGUGGAGGGUGGUAGCAACAAUAUCAGUAAUGGAAUGAAUUAUGCCAGUGGCCUCAUGAAUGCUUCAAAUGGCAAUGAGGAGAGGAUUGUUAUAGAUGUGGAGGAGGAUGAGGGUGAGAAGGAGGAGGGUGAGUUGGAGGAGGGUGAGAUUGGCUUAGAUUCUGAGUUGAUUUUAGGAAAUAGAGAUUCAAUAAAGGAAGAGGUAGAAGGUCAAGCGAAUGCUAGUGAUCAGCUAGAAACGAGCAAGCUCCUUUUUUCAAUAAAAGAGGAGCUCGAGCAUCUGAGUGUAGCUGAUGUACAAAAAGCUUAUGAACAUUUUUGUUCCAGCUUGGAAACAACAGCAGACAGUUUGCAUAAAAUGGUUCUGGAAGUUUCUUUGGUUGAGAAAGAAACUCUUGUUCAGCUGUUGUUAACCAUAAUUCAGAGACUUUACAUGGUGUUGUCUUCCAUGACUCUGAGCCUCAAGGAGCAAAACAAAGUCAUGUUGCUGAGAUUGCUUGCUCACCUAACAAGCUUGAAGCCUCCUCUCUUUUCUUCACCACAGUUGAAAGAGGUGCAGGUGGGGGCAGUUAUGUUUUCCCUGGAAUCUUCCACUUCUGCUUCAAGCAAUGACUAUAAUAACUGGAAACAGGAAGCUCGGGCGUUAAAUACAACUGAUUUGAAUUUGUUGAUUGGGAAUACUAACAAUGAUGUGGCUCAUCUCAGGAACUCUGGAGUAGAAUCUAGUUCCUCUGGAUUACUUGAUCAAUCUGAGGACAGUAUUUUGCUUCAAAAUUCGAAGUUAGGGACACUUACUUCUAGGCCCAAAGGCUCGCCGACCCUACCGUUGCUGGAUCUUCACAAAGAUCACGAUGCAGAUAGUCUUCCUUCACCAACUCGAGAUCUUUCUGCCCCUUUCCCUUUUGACAGGGGAUUAAUUCAAGAACGUGGGUUCUUGAAACCUGAGUGGCCUGUUCCCCAAAAAUCUCAUGAAAGAGAAAAUUUGCUUCUGCAUCCUUAUGAAACUGAUGCUGUCAAAGCUGUCUCUAGUUAUCAGCAGAAAUUUGGUUGGGGUUCCUUCUAUAUGAGUGACAAGCUUCCCAGUCCUACUCCUUCGGAAGACGAUGGUGCUAGUGGGGAUGCUGACAUCAAUGAGGAGGUUUCAUGUUCUAUCAUUCAAAGUGCUAGUACUGUUGAGAACACGUCAAUCUUGGGGCCCCCAGUUGUUUCCUCCACUGCUCAAAUGGACACUGUGGGUGCUCCAGAUAUUAGUAAUCCCAAGAAUAUUAGUUCUGUCAGUGGCUUCCAAAAUCCAAUGCUGAAGUCCUCAGCAAGAAGAAGGGAUCCUAGGCUUCGAGUAGUCAAUUCUGAUGCAGGUACCAAGCCUCUAAGUCAAGGAAUCUCUUCCCCAGGGAACGUGUCUAGAAUGGAGCCCGUUGAUGUGAUGAACUCACAAAAGCAGAAGACGCUUGAGGAACUAGUUUUGGAUGUGCCUGCACUGAAAAGGCAAAGAAAUGAAUUAUCAGGUACAAACACAACACCGCCGCCGGUUUGCAUAACCUCUCCAGUAACAUGUCCAACACCUCUACCAUCUAAUGGUCCUGUUACUACACCAUUAAAAUGUCAAAGCGAAAAACUGCCGGCAAUAUAUUCCAAUGCAACUGCUUCUCUUAAUUCUCUAUUGAGAGAGAUAGCUGUGAACCCAUCCAUAUGGAUGAAUAUACUCAAAGUGGAAAGUCAAAAGUCUUCUGAUGAUGCCAAAAGUAUGACACAUGUUCCAAACACGAAUGUAAUCCCAGGUGCUUUGCCAUCAACAGCAAAUCGGCCUUUAACCUCAACCCUCAGGAACACAUCUGUGGGAAUAAUUAACAAUUAUAGUCAGGAGGAAUUUGGAAAAGUUCGAAUGAAACCUCGCGAUCCACGGCGUAUUCUUCAUGCAAAUGCUCAUACACCACAGGCAAGUGUAACUGUUGGUUAUGAUCAGCUUAAAGUAAAUGAUGCAUUUGCUUUGCCCGUAAUGGACAACUUGAGCAACCUAAGGCAAGAAGAUCAAUCUGAGAAGAAUUCAGUGUCUUCCAGUGGCAAGAAACCACCUGACAUAGAAAUGCAAUUCACUAGUAACUUGAGAAAUAUUGCUGACAUGGUGUCUGUAUCUCAAGCACCAAUGUCUUCACCUGUUCUUCUGCAGACUCCACCACAGCAAGUACAGAGCCAUCAAGCUGGAAUAGAGACAAAAGGAGUAUUUUCUGACUCUGUUAGCUUGAGAAAGAGCAGUGAUGUGAUUUCAGAUUUGGCUAUUGCUUGUCCUUAUCGAGCAUUGAAUGUAAAUGCAUGGAAUGAUGUUGACCACCUACUUGAGGGCUUUGAUGACCAGCAAAAAGCUGCUAUCCAUAGAGAGAGAGCGAGGAGGCUAGAUGAACAGAAGAAACUGUUUAGUGCUCGCAAACUCUGUCUGGUGUUGGAUCUAGAUCAUACUCUUCUAAAUUCAGCUAAGUUUGUUGAAGUUGAUCCGGUGCAUGAUGAGAAGCUGAGAAAGAAAGAAGAACAGGAUCGUGAAAAGCCCCAGAGGCAUCUAUUUCGGUUACCUCAUAUGGGAAUGUGGACAAAAUUGCGGCCUGGAAUAUGGAAUUUCUUAGAGAAGGCAAGUAAACUCUAUGAGCUGCAUCUCUAUACCAUGGGAAACAAAUAUUAUGCCACUGAAAUGGCAAAACUGCUUGAUCCUAAAGGGGAGCUGUUUUCUGGACGUGUUCUAUCACGUGGAGAUGAUGGGGAAUCAUUUGAUGGGGAUGACAGGGCUCCUAAGAGUAAGGACUUGGAUGGGGUUUUGGGUUUGGAGUCUGGAGUUGUCAUUAUAGAUGAUUCUAUACGUGUCUGGCCACAUAACAAACUAAACUUGAUAGUUGUGGAAAGGUAUAUUUAUUUUCCAUGUAGCAGACGCCAAUUUGGGUUACCAGGUCCUUCCCUUCUUGAGAUUGAUCAUGAUGAGAGACCAGAAGAUGGAACAUUAGCAACUUGUUUGGCGAUUAUUGAGAGGAUACAUCGCAACUUCUUCGCAAAUGAGUCAUUGGAUGAAGCGGAUGUUAGAAACAUCUUAGCUUCUGAGCAGCGCAAGAUUCUUGCUGGUUGUCGUAUUGUUUUCAGCAGAAUGUUUCCAGUUGAUGAAGCCAAUCCUCACAUGCAUCCAAUAUGGCAGACAGCUGAGCAAUUUGGUGCCGUGUGCACCACUCAGAUAGAUGAUCAGGUUACUCAUGUAGUUGCAAAUUCACGUGGAACCGACAAGGUGAAUUGGGCCAUGGAGACAGGAAAAUUUGUGGUACAUCCUAACUGGGUGGAAGCAUCAGCUUUGUUAUAUAGAAGAGCUAAUGAGCCCGAAUUUCCUGUUAAGGAGGGUUAACAAAACAAAACAAAACAAAAAAAAAAAAAAAAAAAAAAGGGAAAAA